CCCGCGGAGCGCUCACAGAUCAGGACUUUUACGAGCUCGCCUCGGCUCUUCCCCAGCGCGUAUGAACCGAUCGGAAAGCUCUACGCGUAACUGUGAAGUCUGGUUUGGGGUCUGUCCGGAAACCUAUCGCCAUCUCCCUUUCGAUACCGUUGUCGCGGACGGACAUUUGUCAUGUUAAAACAUCGGGGAUUUGGAGACGCGGCGGGAUUUUGAGAAGAUUAUUUCGACGUUAAACUUCAUCUGGACCAGAAAGAGUUUUACGUCUGAUUUCGUGCCGUGAAGACACGUUACUCCUAUAAACUCUUAUAACGAACUUAACGGUUGCGUUCACGCACGUUUAGACGUCAGUCAUGAUCGGCGUUGAGCUUCAGACCUCGGCUUUUCGGUAGCUUUGCUUGUAAUAACGCUGUAGUUUUAAUUGAAGGAAAUGUAAGUUAGUCGACCGCCUGUUAUUAGCUGAGGACUGAGCUAAGCUGUUGAAUUAUUCAAAAUUGUAGCUGAAUUGGCUAAAACGUUUAUGUAAGUCAUAUAUAUAUAUUUAUAUAAAAUUAUAUGUAUUUUUAUAUAUAGAUAAAACAGUGUUUGACUUAGUUCUUGACUUGUAAAUGAACAUCAAAAUAUUAGAAGUUCCUCAAAACCCCAGGAAACAGAAAGUACAUAGGACGUGAUUAAUAGGGUUAGAGUGUAAAUAGAGACCAUUUUUCAAAAGAGUAUCUAUAGCUGUCUCCAGGAUUUCUACAAUGCGGGAUGCCCCCGGGAAUUUCAAUCUCCUACACAGGACUUGCUCUCUAGUUGUGCUGCUAUGUUUCCUUCACAUCUCUGUCACUGUCAUAUACUAUAUGAGAAAUUCGGAUUCAAGGCAAACCUUCGUACAAAAUCAGCAAAGCCCUCAGAUCCACAGGAAACUGGCCGAACAGAGAGUCUCUACAGAGGAGCCACCACAGAGACUACCGUCUGUGUCUAAUGUCUCAGAGACGGAGAGAAAGCUAGAAACGUGCCCUGACAAUCCUCCUCAACUGGUGGGUCCGCUUCGGGUUGAGUUUUCUGACCCGGUCACCUUAGACCUGGUGAGGACUGAGAACCCAGGUUUGCAGCCCGGCGGACGCUUUAAACCCACAGAAUGCAUUGAGCAGAAAGUGGCCAUCAUCAUCCCCUUCAGACACCGGGAUGAGCACCUCAAAUACUGGCUGUAUUAUCUACACCCCAUCCUACAGCGCCAACAGCUGGACUACGGCAUCUAUGUCAUCAACCAGGAUGGUGAGGAUACGUUCAACCGCGCCAAACUCCUCAACAUUGGUUACGCUGAGGCUCUGAAGGAGUAUGACUACAAUUGUUUUGUCUUCAGCGACGUGGACCUCAUUCCAAUGGAUGACCGCAACUUCUACAAGUGCUAUAAUCAGCCCAGGCAUCUGUCUGUAUCUAUGGACAAGUUUGGAUUCAGGUUACCAUACGUACAGUACUUCGGUGGCGUGUCAUCCCUGAGCAAGGAGCAGUAUCUGAAGAUCAACGGCUUUCCAAACAACUACUGGGGCUGGGGAGGAGAAGAUGAUGACAUAUUUAACAGGGUUACCUCCAAAGGGAUGUCUAUAUCAAGGCCUGACAGCAUCAUUGGAAAAUGCAGAAUGAUCCGCCAUGAUCGAGACAAACAAAACGACCCCAAUCCACAGAGGUUUGAUCGAAUAGCCCACACGAGGGAAACGAUGGCAAGCGAUGGAAUCAAUUCGUUAACAUAUAACAUUGUUCAAAUUGAGAAAGACCAACUAUUCACCAAAAUCACAGUGGAUGUGGGAAAACCAUGAGUCGAGCAUAGAGACCAACCAUAAAAACUAAAUGAAACCACAGAAAUGGCUGUGGAAAAACCAAACGUGCCUUGAUAUAUCAAGUCAAAAUGGAUCAUUUUCAAAGUGGAUUCUAUAUUUUAUUAAAAAAAAAGACUUGUAAGUACUGUUUUGCCAUCUUUGCACAUGUGAUGGUGAACACGGGGGGCCUGGACUCCUUUUGCCCAGUGAAUCAGAACUGAUCGGCUGCUAAAGGAGACACGCAAGAGUUUCAGGUUGUCCUCGAGACAACGAGCCAAACUUGUUCUGUCUCGGACACUUCUGCUGAGGAAAAAAAGACUAUAUUUUGAGCCAUUCGAUGGGAGCAGCAUCUUAAAAGUGAUCGAUGAAAACGUCCUUGUGGUGGGACAGUAUGUGAGUUGCUGUGUGUGGGAUUUUUAAGUUGGUGUGUCUGAAAGUGAAUAUUUAAAGGAUCGAUUUGUUAAUCAGCAAGCUAAGCAAUGCAAAAAUAUCGGGGAUAAACCAAUCAAGGGCUGUGGAUAUUUUAAUCAUAUACCAGCAAACUGGCAUUUUUGGGCUGUCACAUUUUUGUUUACUUUUAUUGCGACUUGCAUCUCAUUAUCUUGUUGCUGUACCAGGUUAUUUGUACUUUACAGAGCCUUUGUUAUAAUAUGUCACCCUGUAGGGGUGAGAUGUCUGAAUGUACUGGUUUUUAUUAUGAAGUGCUUAAUGCGUAUCGGACCAUUAUUAUGCUUGCUGGAACACCAAAGUGGUAACCUUGCAUCUUAAAAGACAUGAAUUUACUCCCUUCCAUUUGGUGCAUUUUCUUUGCUGUAUUUGAUUUUUUAUUUUUAUUUUAUUUUUUUUGAAUAGCUGAUCUAUCCAGUCAAAUGCAGCAUUAUCAGGUCAUGCUUUCAGAUUUGCUCGGUCCUUUAUUGCAUUGUGAAUUUCUCAGAUCUAUGCUGUUAUUAAGGGCACAAGAAUAUUCAAGCUCUCUACUGUAAUGAAAACAUGAAGCCAUUGAGAACUUUGCUGAAUUGACCUGUUGAUACUUGUGUGUUUUUUUUUUUUUCUUUCUCCUAUGUGCUGGUCUCCUUUUGAACAAAGCAAACGGUGUUUUAUUUUAAAACCUGUCAUCGUGGAAACCAAAAAUGCCUUUCAACUCCGUCAGGGGACAAAAAGCAGACGAAGCAAAUGAAUGUAUGUCAGCUGUUUUGCUCGAGUGCUUUUCAAGAUGGCGACUAACAGCCCGUACACAAUGUACAGAAUGUUUAAGUUGCACAGCCAAAUUUUUUCCUCAGUGCCGAGCACCCCAGAAGACCCAUAGAUUUUCUUUCCUGCUUAAAAACUCUCCAAUGCUUUAUAAAAAGCCCUUCGCACCAGGAAAGAAAACUACCUCUCCACACGGCACAGCACUCGCAAGCAGAAGCGGCUAAUGCUGUCUCUCAAACCAAAUGCUUUGGCAAAUAAUUGUAGCUUUUUUUUCCUCUUAAAGCGAGGUUUAAAUCUUUUUAGACAAUGGUCUUUGUUUGAGAGCCAGCACAUAAUUCAAUUUAUUUUCAUGUUUUAAUUUUCUUUUUUGAUUAUUCGUUUUCUAUUUUGAUGUUCCUCUUACUUAAGUGUAAUGCAGUGAACAGUGAAUGGAAUUUUGGAAUUGUGGAAAUUAUAUAAUUAAAUUGUGUUUGAUUUAA